AUGGAAGACCCACCAGACCCAGCUGGUGAUUCCCAAAAGGAUACAGCAGGUAUCAAGGAUAAGGAGUCUGCUAGUAUCACACAGCAACAUCUUUCAGAUGACGAACAGCCUGAACAGUGCACUGUAGCUCCGACUGAAGAGUUCAGUCAAGGCCAGCUGGAUGAGUCGAAUGAGGAGAAAAGUUCCACCCUUCCGUCAGACCUCAGUGAGUAUGUUGAUGAUUGUAGAGGUGCACAGAAAGAUGACGACUUUGCUUCUAAGGAUGGCCAAACAGAGGAUGAGAAGGAACCAAAAGACAGCGUACCACCAAUAGAGGGCGACACAAACCUCGAUCACAAAGAUGGCGCUAAAGAAAGCCCCCAGAAGGACUGUUUGCUCCCUAACAAUGAAAAAUGUGAUGAUCAACAAGAAUCCGUAAUUCCGAAUCCAGAGGAAGAAGAGGCCACACAAGUGCUGCAGGAAGACUCAAUGGAAGAGCGAGGAGAUGACCUGAGACCUAAAGUAGAAACAGUUGGCCCCACAAACCAAGAAACGCAUCAUUUAGACAGAGGAAGAAGAAUCCAGUUUGUCAUCAUCAGCGUAGUUUUGGUACUCGUCGCCACAUUGGUGCAGCGCCAUCUCGAGACGCCACCUCCCAACACAGGGCUUCCGAUCGAGAUCUUUCUCAGCCAGCUGAAAACUGUUGAGGCCCGCUUUCCCCACCAGCGUCCCGAGUUGUGGAGCCGAAGCCGAAUCCACCUGAAGAGACACCUGGCGACGGCUCGGCCCAGCGAGCCCGUCAGUCUAAUCCUGACAGCAGGCAUCGGGAGCAGCGGGACGCUACGUUGCCUAGCCCAUGACCUUGGCGCCGCUUUUUCCGCCGCCAUGAAUGGAUCGGUGCUGCAGAUUGACGGUGCGGGCAGAGCCGGAGAGGACAGCGACCAGGUAAAGCUGGACAUCGACGGCCAACUACAGGGGGCGUUCGAAGGAGACAAACCCGUGGCGGUGAUUCACCACUUCGAGCAGCUGCCCCCGGGCUCCACCCUUAUUUUCUACCGCUACUGCGACCACGAGAACGCCGCGUACAAGAAGACGUUCCUCAUCUUCACCGUGCUGCUGGAAGAAGAGGCGAUACCCGCCGAGAUUUCUUUAAACGCCGUGGAGGAGAUGGUGGACGACUACCUACAGAGGAAGUUCCUCUCACACGGUCGUCCUCUAGCCUAUGACCGGAUGGACCUGGACAAGUACGGCGGACUGUGGAGCCGCAUUUCUCAUCUCAUCCUUCCCGUUGCUGCAGAAGCUUCGACAGAGCACAAAGGCUGCUCGUGA